GCUCUAAAUUUCAGCAAAUGCAAGGCGCCGUGCGUGAACUUCGAGCCGCCAAAAUAAAAUAAAAGUUGGCAUCCAUUUUGUUUCAAGGCAUUCAUUUGGAUUGAUUAAUUUUGCAUACAAGCAAUAGUUCUCUUCUACCAGUCAAUAUGUCUGGAAAUGUAAGAAAAGCCCAGAAGGAUGACCUGCCGACAGAUAGAGGAAGACCUCGAGAUUACCAAAAAGAGGCAGAAGAAGAGAAUUUGUGGGAAAGCAUCAUCCAGCCAGCUUUUGCGGAGUUUAUUGGAACCCUGUGUUAUACCUUUGUGGUAUGCCUGGCCGUUACAGCCCAGGAUGUAUUCCAAUUUGCUCUUGCAAGUGGCUUCGGGAUCGCAGCUCUUUGCAUCAGUUUCGUCAAUAUCAGUGGUGGUCACUUCAAUCCAGCGGUCAGUCUAGCGACCUUCGUGUCUGGUGGACUUCAUGUCAUCAAUCUUUUAACAUACGUCCCUCUGCAGAUCAUCGGUGCCAUUCUUGGAGCUGCAUUCGUGAAGGGCGUCAUCUAUGAACCAUCCUACACCGAGAUCAAGGGCGGGGCAAAUGUGUUUCGCGGCAACCAUCUCGUCAAUGGCUUCAACGAUUGGAUGAAGGUCAACAACUGGGACACGUCCCCCAUCCUCGGCAUGAUCACGGAGACCAUCCUCUCUACCAUGGUCAUCAUGGCUUACCUGCAGGCCAAUGUCGAUGACCGCAGAGCAGGCAAGAAGAAGGACCCAAUGGUGUACGGUCUCGCCAUCGCAUCCGUUACUCUUGCCUCAUUCUACACAGCAGGUGCUGGCUUCAACCCAGCCGUGAGUUUUGGCAGUGCCAUUGUUUCCCAGGUUUGGGAUGCUCAUUACAUCUACUGGGUGGGGCCUAUGGCUGGAGCUGGUAUCGCCUCACUCCUAUUCAGGAUCUUGAUGGGUGACGAGGAACAUCGUUUGCUGUGCUAGGCAACCACAAGAUGCCUACAUGCAUUUUAUCAAGAAAGAUAUGUAAAUGAAAAAUGAAAAAGAAAAAAUCUAUUUGAAGAAAAAAAUCUAAAUCUGUUCCAACACAUGUGUAUGAAAUAACUUCUUACUUAGAUGUAACACAUUAACAAUGAUACAAAAUGUAUGAUCAAAAUUAGUACUUUAAUGAAAUAAAAAAAAUCACAACUGACAAUUAAACCUCAAAUUAAUAUUUAAUGUUGAUAAAUGUAAUUUUGGCAAUUUUUCUGUAAACUGAUUUCAGAGGAUUUGAAGACCUUGUGAAACAACUUGGUCCAGAAUUUAUAGUAUCAGUUAAAUAUGAUCUUGAUUUAAAGUUUAGACUAUACACAUUUUCAGCAUGAUCACAGUUUAGUUAACCAUAUGAGUUUUACCUAUAUUUUUUAAUGCAUUUGACCAUUAAUAUCUUAGAAAUGAGUUCCAAGCAAGUUUAUUUUCUGAAUGCAGCUUCUGGAUUGAGUGGAAUACAAGUUAUAGCAAGUAAAAGGCCAUUAUAAAGUAGGCAAAAAUUCAAUAUAUCAAAUAGCAAUCAGUUUGAAGAUAAACAUAAAAAACUUGUAUAUUUCUGUGCUCUUUUGUUUAUAUUUUGACAUAAUAUAAAAUUCAAAUAAUAAAAUCAAAUAAUGUAAGCAAUAGUUAUUUUAAUAUUUUAAUCAUUCCAUGAUUUUAAUAAACAACUUGUUUCCGUACUAUGCUUUCACUUUCAGCUUACCAGUAGUCAUGUUUUUGUUUUUUUUAGCUUGCCUUGCCUUUGUAGCAUAUUCUGAAUAUCACAUGUAAAUUGAUGAUUUUUUGGUCAUAAAUUCAGUGCUAUAUGAGACAUCCUUCAUCACAAACCAAGUACAAUCAUGAUUGUCAAAUUAAUAAUGAUUAGGCAUCAUUGGAGAAAAUAUCAAAGCGCUACCAAUUUAUUAGUUGUAGGAUGAAAACAACUGUUUAAAAAAAAUCAAUGACAACUUAAUCUGCACUACUAAUAUUCAAAUUCUAAAAAAUAUUUCAAAAAAUAUCUCAAAAUAUUUGCCUUUCCUUUGCUAGUUAACAGAAUAAUUAUUUCGUAUAAUUUCCAUUUAACAUUCAGCAAUGUAAAGUGUAAUAUUACAUAAGGUCAACUACCUUUCACCCUGUAAUUGUUGUGCCUUUUGAUCUGUUCCUGUAAAAUGUUUGUAGCUCUGACACCUGUAACAUUUUUAUACAAUAAAGCUUGUACAUAGUAGCUA